AGUUUCCAGUUCAUCGACGGCGAAUACCCCGAGUCGCACGAGCCUACCACGAAGGAAGAGCAAUUUGCAAAGCCAGUUACACUUAGGACCCGGACAUAUACUCUGAAGAUCACCGACAUAGGGAGUGAAGAUACGUGCAGGGAUGAAACAAUACGCGAGGCGAACGGAUUCAUUUUAGUCUAUGACAUCUGUGAUCCCUCAACGUUUGAGAAGAUACCGCAGCUAUAUAAGAAGAUACGUAAGGUGAAGGCACCAGUUGAGGAUGGUAACCUAAGCACCACCUCGCCAACCCCUGCGCUGCCUGCCAUUGUCAUGGCUAGGAACAAGUUAGAUAUGUUUAACAAACGUAAGGUUAGCAGAGAGAAGGCAGAGAAGGAAGCUAAACGCUUAAACUGCGGAUAUACAGAGGUUACAGCUAAG